GCCCAGCCUUGUUCGUCCUCACUCGGCUACAUCGCUCGCGGAGCAGUGCCUGUAUUGACUGGUGGCGAAAACCGAGCAAUAACCUCUUCAUACACGUCGCAACUCAUCUCUGGUGUCGUUAUACAUGCGUGUGAAGUGUGUGUGUGCAGUGCUUUUAUCGAGUAAACGGCUCUUUGCGAUGUAAAGACUUACUUGUGCUGGCCGGCGGAUGGAUACGCGGCCAUUUUAGUAGGCGAUGCGGCAACCGUGUAUAUUCCGCCAUUCGAAACAAUCAAAGUGUUUUUCUCCAGGUGCAACUCCUGGAAUUUUGGUGUAUACCCUGUGGCGUGUAAUAUAUUAGUGCUAUGUGAUAGAUUCGAAUUAAUGUCAAAGUUUCGAAGAUUGCAGUGAAGUGGUUAUUUAGUUCGCAAGUGGUACACAGAAUGAGGUAGAGCUAUGGAAAACGACGUGAAGCAGCGGAAUCAAAGGAAUCGUCGUCGUGAACGGGCGCAGCGCAUGCAGGCUCAGAGAGAAAAUAAAGCUAAAGAUGGGGAUAGUGCGGAAGACGAAUCUCCGGCUAGAGAAAAGCCGCAGAGACCUCCCAAUAGAAGGAAAAAAUCGAAAGAGCCGCAGUUCGAAGAGGAUAUCAUUGAUGGAUUUGCCAUCCUAGCAUUCCGUACAUACGAGGAACUCGAGAAUGCCAUGAAGCACGCCGGCAAGAACAACAUGAAGAUGUUCAGCGCCGUGACGCUGGGCGACGAGAAGCCGCCCAAGCUGCUCGACACCGGCCAGCGCACCGUCACCACCCCCAUCAACAACAACAACACCACCACCACCAACCACAACAACAACACCACCACCAACCACAACCACCAGCCGCCGCCUCCGCACCCUCCUACCCCGACGACCCCAGCGCAGGCGGGGGUGACGCUGAACCACGACGCCGGCACGAGCGACGACAGCGGCCGGGCGUCGGAGCGCCUCAACGGCGCGUGCGCACCGCUAGAGAGGGACAGCUCGCACGACCGCCUCAGCGACGCAAGCAGCCGUUGCAGCUCAGGAAAAGGCUAUAUCUGUGAUAGUGAAGGAGAAGAUGACAAGGGGUCCGAUGCAGGCUCUGAUCUCUUCACCACCACUCGGAAACAUGAGUUACCGGGCAACCCACCACCGCCCACAGUGGCCCUCAACAAUGGUACCGGCUCACCGGGGGCAGGUGGCCACCGCAGCCCGAGCCCGUCGCCGUCGCCCACCCCCACUCCUACCCCCACUCCGAUCGUCGCCGCCACCGCCGCUGCCGCCUCCAACGCCGCCGUCUCUGCCGCCUCGGCUUCGGUCAUGUCUGCGCUGUCCCACCCGCUCCACAUACAACCGCACCACCAGCCGCCACCGGUGCCCAUGCAAGUGUCGCCGCCACAUCCACAGCAGCAGCAGCUGCAACAACAGCAGCAGCCAGCAACACCAACAUCUCUUCUCCAGCAGCAGCAGCAGCAGCACCAACAACAGCAGCAGCAGCAACACCAACAACAGGAGCAGCAACAACACCAACAACAGCAGCAACAGGCCCAGCAGCAUUCACAGCAAGCACUGCCGCUGCCAAUGCAGCAGCAGCAACCCCACCAACAGCCCCCGCCCCCACGAUUAUCUAGCCCUCUUCUCCCGCCUCCUGCGCCAGUGCACCCGCAUCACCACCAGCAACAACAACAGCAGCCACCACCACAACAGCAGCAGCAACAGCAGCUACCACAGCACCAGCCACAGCAGGCUGUGCACGCGCCUGUGGCCGCGACCUCGGCUGCGGCCGUGUCGUCUCCCUCUGCGGUGCCCUCGAGCCUGCCCGGCACGGUGGCCGCGGCUGCAGCUGCGGCUGCGGCACCGGUGCCUGCUCACGUGGCAGUCCCCGUCGCGGCUACCACGGCUGGCGCCUGUCACGGCCCCCUCGGCGCUCCCGUACCGACGGCAACGGCUGCGGCGGUGCGCAGUCCGUCUCCUGCCGGUGUCACCGUCAUCCCAGGUGGACCGCACGCGCACUUGGGCCAUCCCCUGUCUCUGGCGCACGCCCACCUCCACGGCCAUCCCCACGGCCUGGGGCACGGUCAUCCCCACGGCCACACCCACCUACACGGCCACGGGCACCACCACCACCACGGCCUGGUACCCGCUCCGGGACUGUCCUCGGUUCCCGCGACGGCGGCGGUGCCCCCGACUUCGGCUGUCGCUCCCGCGCCACUGCCAGUGCUCGCCAACGGCAGAGGUCCCGGUCCGGCUCUGUCACCUCCGCAGCUGCAGGCGGCACUUCCCGUCGUCACGACGGCGGUGGGUGCCCUGCCGGGCGUCACGGGACCGCCGCUGCUGGGUUCCCUGGGGCCGUCUGCUGCCGCUGCCGCUGCCACUGCUGCUGCACCAGUCGCUCCGGGACCGGGUCCCGGACCGGCCCCCGUGCCUGCCCACGGCCACCCUGCGGUGCCUGUGAGUGCUGCUGCUGCCCACGCUGCUGCCGCCGCAGCUGCGUAUCAUCCUCCGCCGGCCUCUGCGCUGGCUGGCUAUCCCGGCUAUCCUCUGUAUGCGCCCUACGCCUCGUCGCUGCAGCACAGUCCCUACUUGGCGCCACCUUCACCACGUGCCAUAGUCUCUGCUGCAGCUGUCGCUGCGGAUGCGAGAGCAGCAAGAUCACCUUGCUCAGCUACUUCCAAGGUGCCGCAUCAUAGCAUAGCUGCCUCAAUACCCGUAACUGCUGCAUCAGCUCCAAUUGCCACCACAACAACAGCACCAGCAGUGGCAACAGCUACAGCAGUGGUAACAACGACUACCACAAGUCACCGUGAUAUUCUGACGACUCCUGUUGUAGGUCGCAGUCAUUCGCCACGAGGCCACAGCCCAAACCGAGAGAGGGACAGCUACAGCAGCAACGUGAGCAGCCUGAGCCGCGGCAGCAUCACACCGGUGAGUGCUGGUGCAGCACUCCCUAGUAUAGCUAUCACCUCGUGUAGCUCGUCGCCCUUCAGCUCAGCUGCACAAGUGUCUUCUAGUCUUGCCUACUCCAAGGCUCCAGCCUGGGUCAGUUCGAGCGGGCCUCAGCUGUCCCCGGCAGGCACGGUGCCGAGACCAACUCCGCCCCCUGUGCCACUGGCAACAGCUCAUCCGUUACAUCCUCCCACACACGGUUUUCCGCCUCCUAUGUUUGCACCACCUCUCCCUCCUGCUGCUGCAUCCGCAGCUACUUUAGGUCUCCCAGCUGUUACAACAAACCCAAAUCCAUUUUCUGCAGAGUCUCUCUUUCAGUCAAAUCAAGCAGAUCUUUUGCGCCGAGAGUUAGACAACAGGUUUCUUGCAUCCCAAGAUCGAUCUCUCAACGUAGGUCCGCCACCAUAUUUACGAACUGAGAUGCACCAUCACCAACACCAGCACACACAUGUUCAUCAGCAUACAACAGCACCUCUGUUGCCACCUCCUCCCCCGGGUCCCACGCUCUUCCCGCCUCCUUUGUUUAAGGAUAUUCCAAAGCUUGGGAGUGUCGACUCGCCAUUCUACCGUCAGAACCUUGGUCUGACAAGUUACCCUGGUUUCUCACCGGGACUGUUACAUCCCAGCCUUGGAGGUUCAACACCAUUUGCACCUCCCAGUCACCUUCCUACAUUCACACCAAAGCAGAUGGGUGAUCCCUCGAAACCCAAGCCAGUGAAAACUGGACGUUGGAAUGCAAUGCAUGUUCGCAUUGCCUGGGAGAUAUACCACCACCAGCAGAAGCAGCAAGCUGAGGCAAAGGCUGGAGCAGGGAAGGCAGACUUGCUGCGACCACCGAACCAUUUGUUUCCACCUACGAGGCCUCACGACUUGCCUCCAUUUGCAACAACACUUGCUGCCACCCACAGAACACCGCCUUUUGAUGCGGGUCCUCACCCAGCCACUUUUCUUAAUCCACCUGCUUCACAUCUAGCGAGUGGUGUAUCUCCAUUUGGUCGCUAUCCAGCUACGUUUGCUGGUCCUAACUCAGCAUUUCCUGGACUUGGGGCAUCAGUAUUUCCUCCUCCUCCAAGAGACCUUCCACCACUUGGAGCUCUCGGACCAGUCCACGAUCACUGGAGCAGGUUACAGCGAACAACAGCUGGUUUUCCAGUAACUGCAGCUGCUGCUGCAGCUGCAGCAGCUGCUGGUCCAUGGGGUCUGAAACCAGAACCAAGCAUGCUGGAGAGGAGAGCAGAAUUGGAGGAAAGGGAACGUGAAAGGGAACGCUGCCGUAGAGAGAGGGAACGUGAAGAACAGCGCGAACGAGAGAAACAGCGGAAGUUGGAAGCCGAACGGGAAAGGGAACGUGAGCGACGCGAGAAGGAACGACGCGAAAUGGAACGUGAAAGAGAGCGUUUGUUACAACAGCAGCAGCAGCAACAGCAGCAGCAACAGCAACAGCAACAGCAACAGCAUCAACAUCAACAGCAGCAACAACAUGCCAAACAGGCAGUAGUGCGCGACAGAUCUCCCAUACGUAAUGGCACAUCUGCCGCUGGUGCUGCACCUGAAGAGGCCAUUCGGGUGAAGGAGGAGCCGCGACCCAAAGAGGACGAUGUAGUACUUUUGGGAAGGACAGGUUACCACUAUCUGACAGCGAGGCACGCUCCGCCUGGGUCGUUGCGCCCCCCGCCACCCAUAGCACCUCCACAUUUUGCUCCUGGGCCUGUACCUCCAGGCUGGCCACCAGCUGAUCCCUUCAGAGACAGUGCAUACCGUUUUGACCCUGUUCAGUUACGUUUCAAUCCUCUCGUGGCCGCCGCUUUCCGUGCUGAAGAAGAAGAACAGCAGCGUGCGAAACUGUUCCAGUCUUUCCCACAGCCACACCAGCGUGCAAAGGCACCCAGCCCCAACAAUCAUCACUUGCACCAUCGGACAUCACUGCCGACCAUGGCCCACAAAGUGGCUUGCCCGAGCUCCCCUGCUGCACCGCCACCCCAUGUCGUAGACCUGCACAAAAAAGAAGAAUCAUCUCAGUCACGAUGAUAAUGUGUUUAGGAAGCAAUUGUAUCAGCAGUGAGGCAUUCUAAUUUAUUACCGUACCUUUUGUAUUUUAUUCCAUUUGUUGUUGUUUUUCUUUACCCCUAGAUAGGUUCCUUUAUUCAGUCAGCUGCUGAUGCAAGCAUUUCCUACGCAGUCUUAUUGCUGCGACAGGACAUGUAUAAAUUGUUAAAUCACAUGUGAGCGACAUUGUACAACUUGAGUUGUGUCUGAGUGCUAAUUUAUUUUAUUACGAGAAGAGAGUAUGCGUGUAAUUUAAUAGUAAUAUAAUGUUGUGUUGUAGAUAUUGGAUACGUCCCCUCAGGUAACAUAAAGGGACAAAAGUUUGAUUUGCAAAAAUAAUGUUCUGCCGACCGAUUCUUCUGAGGUAGGGAUCUUGCAGAUGUGACGUACUAUGAAUUCGGUGAUUGUUUUUCUAAAUAUAAGGAAGAAUAAAUACUUUUUUUAGUGAGUGAGCAAUCUCGGCAAUUAUAUUUUUGAUCAAAGAAAUAGUUAUUUUUUUCUUUAUGACUUAAUAUGUGUCUUUCAGAAUAACUUGUCAGAGUAAUUUUAUGAGAUAAAAUUCUAUGGAUUCGGAACAUUAAGAACAGAAUUUCACUUACCUUUAUAAAAUGAAGUUAAAUCAGUUAUUAGUUGCUUCAAUAGGUGCUGCCAUGUCUCGUGUCGUCCUGCAACAUUUUGUAAUCUCGAGAGUUAUAAUACAGAGCAUUUAUGGAGGCUGUGGUCCAAGUAGUGUGUGCAGUUGAAAAUUUCUGUGGCCAAAUUUUAUCUAAGUGUUUGGUGAAAACAGUUGAGAAAUACUGACUGUGUAUUUGUCAUAGUAUAAUUGGUAAUAUGCUUUGUCCUUAGAAAGUGAAGUGGGGUGGCAAGCCCAUUAUUAUAAUUUUCGUGUGUUCUCGCAUUUUGUAAAUUCACAUGCCUGUAAAAUGUACAGAGAUAAGAGAAACGUGGAAUUUGGGCCGUCAGUGUUCUUGAAGGGAAUUUAAAAUUCCUGAGGCCAAACUAUCCCUUUGUUGUUGUUGUAUUUUUUUUAAACAAACGAUGCUUGUAAAAAAGACUUAGAAUUGAUGUGAACAUCUUGUAAUUUUUUCGUAUGUCAAAGCAAAAUAUUUGUAGAUAAUUUUAAUUCGUUGUAAAGAAUUCUUUUUGGUAGACAAAUCGCAGAUGAAGUCGGCGGUUUUGAGUGAGCAGUUUUUAAAGUGAUCCUUUGUAAAGGGAUCAGUCAAAUGAUGUAUAGCGUUUCUUUAACUAGAAACAUAAAGAAUGUUUCAAAGCCAUAA